GAUUCCGAGAGGGCGCACUACAAAUUCUUUGGUACUGGAAGUUGAGCAAGUUGCCUACUCUAGACUCUACUCUGGCCCACUUUUAGAAGCUGUAGUGUGUAAAUGCAUACACUUUAUGUUGUGGUUUGCAGUACUGUUCUCCGAGGAGCAUUAAUAGUAAGUAGGCGCCCUGCAACAAAUAAACUACUAAACAGAAGGCUACAACGGAAACCACAUACUGCUUCGCAUGCUGCCAUGACUACUGCUGCUCUGCCUUUAAAACUUCUUGGUCAAGAUGAGGCUAUUGAAAUUGACAAGGAGUUGUUCCAUGAAUAUGGUUUUAGUGUUGACCAGUUGAUGGAGUUGGCAGGAUUGAGCUGUGCCACAGCCAUUGCUAAAGUAUAUCCAAUUAGCUCGCUACCGAAUAAGAGGGAUCCAACUAUAUUAGUAUGUUGUGGACCAGGAAAUAACGGCGGGGAUGGACUAGUGUGUGCCCGGCAUUUAAAGAUGUUUGGUUAUCAUCCAACCGUAUUUUACCCGAAACGACCAGAUAAAAAACUCUUUGAGAACUUAACCGUACAGUGUUCUUCGAUGGAUAUACCAUUUCUUUCUCAUCUAUUGUCAACCAACCUCCUCAAUGAAUCCUACAGCUUAAUUGUGGAUGCCAUCUUUGGCUUUAGUUUCAAGGGAAAUGUGAGGUCACCGUUUGGGGACAUAUUGGAAACCUUGAAGAAGGUGUCAAUGCCAGUUUGUAGCAUUGAUGUGCCAUCAGGUAAGAAACAAAUGUGUGAGGCUGUCAUUCUCUUUAAUAUUUUAUUUUUCUGUUUAUUUCGCAUUUAA